ACGUGCUUCUGCGCACCUCCAAACACCAAACCGAAAUGACGAAGCUCGCCCGCUUCCUCCCCUCCAGGAAUCUUCUACUUCGCUGUUCCUUUAAUAUAAAAGAUGCCUUCUGGAUAAAUUCUUUUAGUUCUCAUCGUGGUAUAUCAAGUUCUGCAGCGGAUUAUGUGACUGACGGGAGCUCCGGUAGAAGCUACGCAAACUACACCGUAUUUAAGGGAAAAGCUGCCCUUUCUAUGAGUCCAUUAUUACCGAAAUUCCGUAAACUGGAGUCUGGAGCUUCUAAAGUUGAGAAGAAUGGGGUUGUUUUGUUGACAUUUUGGCCUGCUAUUGGGCAGCGUAAGUAUGAUUGGCAAAAAAAGCAGAUCUUUGCUUUAUCACCUACUGAACUUGGAAGCUUGAUUAGCCUUGGACCUGCUGAACAUUGUGAGUUUUUACAUGAUCCUUCUAUGAAAUCAAGCCUUGAAGGUCAAGUGAAGAAAUCAUUAUCAAUCACCCCAUUGGGCAAUGACAGUGGUUAUUUCGUUAAUUUGUCUGUUGUGAAUACUGUCGAGAAGACAAAUGAACGUUUUUCUGUGCCCGUCACAAGGGCUGAAUUUACAGUGAUGCGCACAGCAUUUAGCUAUGUAUUGCCGCAUCUCAUGGGGUGGGACCAAGCUGUCAGGCCACGCCAAGCAAACACACCGGCGAGUCCUCUGAAGCAGCAGGUGGAGGAGCGUCCCAACCCUGAUUUUGAAUGGGGGAGGUGAAACAGGUAGUUGUUGGGGGUUCUUGUAGACAUUUAGAAACAGCUUUCUCUGGCCAUUGCGGGAAAAUUUAAACAAAAUGGCUUGAUUAAACUUGUUAGAGUAGUCGCUUUCCAAGUUCUAUUUGUUAUCUAUAUUUAGUGCCUUGUUGGACAAACAUGAAAUUUAAGAUGAUGGUUCCUAAUGCUGGUUUGAGAACAUGCUGGGCAGCAAAUACACCCAGAAUAUGUGCUAAAAGAUGUCUCCUCGUGUGGUGUCAUGGGUACACUUUGUUGUGGGCUUAAAGUGGAUUAUUCGAAUGACCAUCUCUGUAGCUGUCUUUUUCCUGAAUGUGCAUGUGGCCCCGGUUUCUGAUUGUACAUGACAUUGAUUAUAUCAAAUUCUGAGUUUGUUAUUU